CUCCGCGGCGACCGAGGACGAGCGGCCAGGGCGGCGGCCGGGAUGGCGCGUCCGCGGCCGCGCGAGUACAAGGCGGGCGACCUGGUCUUCGCCAAGAUGAAGGGCUACCCGCACUGGCCGGCCCGGAUUGAUGAACUCCCGGAGGGAGCCGUGAAGCCUCCAGCAAACAAGUACCCUAUCUUCUUCUUUGGCACCCAUGAAACUGCAUUUCUAGGUCCCAAAGACCUUUUUCCAUACAAGGAAUACAAAGACAAGUUUGGAAAGUCAAACAAACGGAAAGGAUUUAAUGAAGGAUUAUGGGAAAUAGAGAAUAACCCAGGAGUAAAGUUUACUGGAUACCAGGCAAUUCAGCAACAGAGCUCUUCAGAAACUGAGGGAGAAGGUGGAAACACUGCAGAUGCAAGCAGUGAGGAGGAAGGUGAUCGAGUAGAAGAUGGAAAAGGCAAAAGAAAGAAUGAAAAAGCUGGUUCAAAACGGAAAAAGUCAUACACUUCAAAGAAGUCCUCUAAACAGUCCCGGAAAUCGCCAGGAGACGACGAUGACAAGGACUGCAAAGAAGAGGGGAACAAAAGCAGCUCUGAGGGCGGAGACGCCGGCAGCGACACGCGGAACGCAGCCUCCGACCUGCAGAAGAGCGGCGAAGGGACCUAACUACCGUAAUGAAUGCUGCAUAUUAAGAGAAACCACGAGAAGGUUAUACGUUUGGUUGUCUAAUACUCUUGGAUUUGAUAAGAACCAACACAUAGUCCUUGUUGUCCUUGACAGAACCCCAGUUUGUAUGUACAUUAUUCACAUUCCUCUCUGUUGUGUUUUGGGGAAAAAAAGAUAUUUUAGCCUUUUUUAAGGUUAUUGAUUUAAUUUCAUGUUACUUGGUUGCAUGAGGUUGCCCUUAACCACUGAGAAUUACCAAGAUUUUUGCACAGACUUCUCCCUGUCUAGGAUCCUUUUAUCAAGGCAGUUAUGUUCAUCAUUCUCCUGCCUUCUCUCCACCAUCACCAAACACUCAGUUAAAUAUAAAUUAGCAUUUUUUAAACGCCCACUCAUAAUGCUUAAGGGACACCCUCUCCAUGACAGAGCCCAAGAACCAAUUCCUAGAUAGGUAAUGUUGGCAUAUUGAAGAUAAAAUUAAAACUGCCCUUCAGUUUUGAGGCCAUGUGUAGUUUGAUCAUACUGUAAAAUACCUUCCGUAUUAGAAAUAGCUAGUUGGCGGCAUAUACUUCUCAAAACUCAUGUUGUUAUGUACACAGACUCGGUUUCUACAUGUGAAGUCAGUGAGUCUUUUUGUGUUAUUCCAAAAUAAAAGCAAUGGUUUAUUUUUCCCCCCAGUGCCAAUACAAUCUGAGCUAAUCACACAAGGUGGGUUCUUUACAUUUGAAAGCUGGAAUCAGCAGCCGCCCUAUGGAAAACCACAAAAGGCAUUGACUUUUAAAGUGAACAGUUGUUUUCGUUUGGAACUAGGACUAGAAUAGUUAAUAUUCAUCCACACACCAUUAUUAUGUGUACAUUAUUGUUGCUCUUGUGAUAAUAGAGAAUUUUAUUUAUUUUUAUGCCAGCUUAUAUUGUGAGAACACAUUCAGUCAGUUUGGGUUUGAUCAAUCCUGUUAUGCUUGUCCUGGGAACAUCUUUUUGCGUAUUCAAGGUUUGUAGUUGAAAAGUUUACUGUAAAAAAAAAUCAAAAACAAAAAAAUGUAUUGUUUCUACAGAAUAAAUUUAUUGGAAUGUGUACUGGGAGUAAGAUUUGAGGUUGUAAACAACUAAGUUAGUGUAAUUUGGCUUCAUAUAUGUACUGUGAGGUAUUAAUGUAAUUCAUAUAUUAAAGCUAAAAUUGUUAACAGCAAGUUAACAGUAGAA